GUCCCAGGGGGUCAUCAGGGACCAGCAGGAGCGCAGAGACACCAGAGGAAAAGGGGACAUUGGGAGCACUGGUGGGGUCAGCAGUGUCCCCAAGGAGGUGAGCAGCUACCGCCUGGCGCUAGAGCGGAUGGCAGGGGACAUCCUGUCCCUGCGCCAGCACGUCGCCAGCCUGGAGGUGGAGAACGGGCACCUGCGGCGCAGCCUGGCCUUGCAGGAGGAGCUGGGCCACGCUUCCCUUGCCGACGUGGACCUGGACGUCGUGACCCGGGAGGAGCUGCUGGACAGGCUCGGUGGUGAGGACGUGGCAUGGGCUCUUGCAGCCACCUUCAAGCGCAAGCUAGCAGCCAACAUGGUGGAGAUGAGGAGGCUGAAGGACCGUGUCCAGCAGCUGCAGAAUGAGCUGAUCCGGAAAAACGACCGGGAGAAGGAGCUGGUGCUGCUGCAGCGAGCCCCCCAGCAGCAGAAAGCCACACUGCAGAGGAGAAGUUGGCUGGGGCAGGUGGAAGAGCUGAGAAGCCGGCAGGUGGGUGCAAGUGGGGACGGGGACCCUCGGGGGGGUGUAGGGCACAUCCCAGCAGCCCUCCCACCCCAUCCCGCAGACCAAGCCCUCUCUGGGGAGGUGUACACCGUGCUGCUGGCCGAGAACCGCAGGCUGAGGGACCAGCUGGAGAAGGCCCCCUUCCCCUCGGCCCCCAUCGCCCCACGGCCCCCAGCCUUGCCGCUGGAGGAGGCGGCGAGGAGGUGGGGACGGCAGAAGCAGGAGCUGGGCACCCGGCUGCUGGAGCAGGAGCAUGGCUCCACCUGA